GGAGGACGGCGGCCGGCGCGGGCGGGCGCGGCGGAGGACACGGCUGCGGCGUGUCUGAUACGAAUCGCAUUGUAUCCGACGCGAAUCGACACGCCGAUACGCGUCGACGCGGCAAAAAAAAUUUCGGACACGCGUGUCCUGGUAACACAGAAUGUAGCAGGUGUCUAUCAAUAUGUUUGUAUGAACUCCUAAUUUACCAGUGUAAAUGGCAUACACAUCCGAAAAGCAAGGUCAAGAUUUGCACCUUCGUGUAAGCAUAUUAACUUUCAGGCGCUUAGCUCAACUGCAUAACAUAAGAUAGAAAUCCAAGUUAUCUUUUUCAGACAGAAGUCACAAAUAGAAAUCCCUUGCAGCAUGGAGCCCUUCAGCUGCAGCAGCCGCUCCUCCAGCAGAGUUUUCUUGAUGCUUUCAGAAACUAAUGAAUGAAACCCAAUGAACACUCAGCAACCUGCAAAAUUUACUCCCAUUUUCAGCUUCUGCCUUUCUCCCUCCACUUCGGCAAACUGCAUGCUCCUCCUACCUGCAUUUCCUUUAGCUCAUUUUCUACUGCUACUUGCCUUCUCUUCAACUUAAUCAUGCCGCUUCAUCAUUGUGCUGCUUCAACAGUGACCUAACAAGAAAAAUGAAGAAAUUUAAUUGACUUGAUUUGCUAAAACCUACAAUUGUUGUAUUUGCUGAAAACUGCAGUUUGAAUCUGCUAGAUGUGGUAGUUUCACUGUUUUAGCAGGUGAAAUUGGUACCUGCUGGCCUGCCCAGCUUCCAUUCUAUUAAUUUAGUGGAACUAACUUAUUUUAAUCUUCCCAUAAAGCACAGCUGAAACCUGUACUCCAAAAAAUGCUAAAACCUGAGGGCAUCACAUUUCAAUAGUUUAGCAAAGGUUCAGAAAGAUAUAUAUCAGCAAGCUUUCAAAUUUUUAGGGAAAAAUAAUAUUUCUCAGUAUCAUAGUUAAAUAUUUAGGAUGGCCAUACUGAUAUGCUUUGAAAGAAAGAUCUCUGGGUCAAAAUAAGCACGUAUCAAAGCUAUGUAAUUAUUCAACAUGAAGGCAUUUAGCUUUUGUUUAGUUCUGUAGCUUCCAUGGCAUCAACAUAAUUUCAGCAAAGCACUUUUCUUUACUUAAUCUGCACACAUGUAGAUAUGUAGUUUCUUUUUCUUGAUAAUGCUUCAUGUUUCUUGACUAUCUAUUUUGGUUUGUGUGUGCCUUAAUUGGUUUAUUUUAAAAGCUAACUUUGACUAUCUACUUUCAUUCUUAUUUUGUACAUUCCUGCACUAGGUGGACAAUACAACACAUAUCAAACACUGUUUUGCUAACUCGUGGAACAUCUGGGUGUCAUUACUCACUAAUUGAUUUUUUUUUCCAGAGGAUGCAUCCUUUUACUGAGCAGAGACAAAAACUGAAGCAUGUUCCGAGAACCUUGAAUGUGCUGCUUUAUUUAAUUUUCUGAAUUGAGCACUUCAAGUACAGGCAUACUGCACUUGUGGGUAGCGGUUGAACUAAUUAAUUGGUAGCCUAUGACUUCUAAAUAUAUUUAAUUUUGGCAACUAGCACUAUUUCUUCUAUUGGAAUUGUUCAACUAACCUUCUUGAAUAAGUUACCUACCGUGUGAUGUUUGAUCAUAGUAUCAUUCAUAUUAAUUUAUAAUCUAGAUACGCUACCAUCACCAGAAAAUUAGGCGAGAAUUUCUUUAACAUUCGGAGGGGACGUCCAUUGUUUCCGAGCAAUGACGAUGAUAAACCUGGAAGUCCAAAUGAUGUUGUGGAAAUAGAGAAUCAUGAAAAGCAGAGCACAACUUCAAUCAGGAGAAAGCGUGAUAGAGAUGGUGAUAUCAUAUCAACUCAACAAACCUCUACACAGAAUCAUUGUGAUGGAGAUAACUUUUUAGGCUAUAUUUCAGAGCUGUAUGGGAACCUGCCCAAAAAAGAGUUGACAGGAAUAUUGUGUGAUUACAUCAGGUCGAUUGAUGAUGCUGUUGCCUUGGAACGAUGUGUGAUUUGACGCGAGAUCCAAAAUUUCGCAAGACCCAUAAAGGUGAAGAGCUCAGUGUAGCAAUAGGAGCAUGGGAUAUCAUGAAAUAUGAUCACUUGCGUUGCAAAUACUUCCUUCUGCCAUGGUUCACCGGGAAAAACUUCAUGUUAUAUAUGUUGGAUCAUAUGGAUAAGAAACUAUAUGUGAUUGAUCCAUCACCCAUUCCGAGUUGGUGUGAAGGAAAUGCGUUCAGAAAGUACGGAAAGAAUCUUACACAUUUCAGUAAAAGUUACAUGUCCGCAGUGAACGUUCAAAGCUCCGGGUGGUACGAGGAUAUAUACAAGUGGUCUUUCAGACAUGAAAAAGAAAUUGUUCAAGACAGUGAAGAAGGGUAUUCUACGGGCUACCUGGUUUUGCAGUACAUGUCUACAUGGAAAAAUACGCAAAACACAAAGAUUUGUAAGUCGAUUCUACGCUGACCCGCUCGUUUCUCUUUUCCGCCGUCCCCGAGAUCUCGAGGCAGGAUGGUGGAGGCGAAGGACAACGAGGUGUACGAGGAGGAUCUCGUCGACUACGAGGAGGAGGUGGAGAAUGUCGCCGACGGCGCCCCAACCAACGGCUCCGCCGAUGUCGUCAAGAAGGGGUACGUGGGGAUCCACAGCUCGGGGUUCAGAGACUUCCUGCUCAAACCGGAGCUUCUCCGUGCCAUCCAGGACUGCGGAUUUGAGCAUCCUUCCGAAGUGCAACAUGAAUGCAUCCCUCAAGCCAUUCUUGGAAUGGAUGUUAUCUGUCAAGCAAAAUCUGGGAUGGGUAAGACUGCGGUUUUCGUCCUCUCAACUCUUCAGCAGAUUGAUCCUGUUGCUGGCCAAGUAGCUGCGCUUGUGUUGUGCCACACAAGAGAGUUAGCUUACCAGAUUUGCCAUGAAUUUGAGAGAUUUAGCAAAUACCUGCCUGAAUUAAGAGUCGCUGUCUUCUAUGGUGGUGUUCACAUAAAAAAUCAUAAGGAUCUGUUGAAGAAUGAAUGCCCCCAUAUUGUGGUUGGCACGCCUGGAAGGAUACUUGCUCUAGCUAGAGAUAAGGACCUUCCCUUGAAGAACGUGCGGCAUUUCAUUCUCGACGAAUGUGAUAAGAUGCUUGAAUCACUUGACAUGCGUAGAGAUGUCCAGGAGAUCUUCAAAAUGACUCCCCAUGAUAAGCAAGUGAUGAUGUUUUCAGCAACCCUCAGCAAGGAAAUUCGCCCAGUUUGCAAGAAAUUCAUGCAAGAUCCUAUGGAAAUUUAUGUUGAUGAUGAGGCUAAACUGACCCUUCAUGGUCUAGUUCAGCACUACAUCAAAUUGAGUGAGGCAGAGAAGAAUCGGAAGUUGAAUGAUCUCUUAGAUGCGCUCGACUUCAACCAAGUCGUGAUAUUUGUCAAAAGUGUUAGUAGAGCUGCAGAGCUGAACAAGUUGCUCGGUGAAUGCAAUUUCCCCUCAAUCUGCAUACAUUCUGGAAUGACGCAGGAAGAGAGGUUGACCCGAUACAAGAACUUCAAGGAAGGACACAAGAGGAUUCUUGUGGCUACUGAUUUGGUCGGUAGGGGAAUUGAUAUUGAGCGUGUCAACAUUGUUGUGAACUAUGAUAUGCCAGAAUCUGCUGAUACCUACUUGCAUAGGGUUGGUCGGGCUGGACGUUUUGGCACCAAGGGACUUGCAAUAACAUUUGUUUCUUCUGCAUCCGAUUCUGAUGUUCUCAAUCAGGUGCAAGAAAGGUUUGAGGUUGACAUAAAGGCGCUGCCUGAUCAGAUUGACACUUCAAUAUACAUGCCAUCUUGAGGAUUCAAGUGAAGGAUAGUUUGCUUCAACGCAUCAUCUUGGGAUGACUACUAGAUAACCUUGUAUCUCCUGAAGAUGUUCCAUCUGUACUUAUUUUCAGCAGUAUAGGUCCAAAGACCAUGAAACUAUUGGUGCUCAUGUUUUUAGGAUUUUAUUUGCAUGUCACAUUUUCCAUGUUAUUGGCAAACAUUUUGAUUGUUCGCUGCAUCCUGCCUAUGUGCAUGUUACCUGCCUGA